UUUGAAAUUCUAUUUGUAGCCGAUGGUACAAAGUACAAUUACGACGAAGUCCUAAUGAAAUCUAUCAUGUUCUAUCUCGCUCAACGGUCGGGCAAACUUCCUGCUAAUAAUCCAAUACCGUGGAGAGAAGACUCAGCACUGAAUGACAGGGGACAAAAUGGAGAGGAUUUAAAUGGUGGAUGGUAUGAUGCUGGUGAUCAUGUUAAGUUUGGACUUCCACAAGCCAGUGCUGUAACUUUGCUGACCUGGGGUCUCCUUCAAUACAAAGACGCGUACAAUGCCAGUGGACAAUUGGAUGAAAUGUACGACUGCAUUCGUUGGUCGCUAGAAUGGUUACUCAAAUGUCAUACGGGGAAAAAUGAACUUUAUAUUCAGGUAGGAGAUGGUAACCUUGAUCACUCUUUCUGGGGAAGACCAGAGGACAUGACGAUGGAUAGACCAUCAUUUAAAGUGACGUCUGAUAAACCAGGAAGUGACGUAGCUGGGGAAUACGCAGUCGCAAUGGCUGUCGCAUCAAUGGUGUUUAAAGAUAAAGAUCCAGCGUUUUCUAUAAAGCUUUUGAAUCACUCAAAGGAUAUUUAUACGUUUGGGAAAACUUAUCCAGGAUUAUUCAGGGAUAGUGUUAAAGGAGCCGGCUAUGGAACAAGCGACUAUAAAGAUGAAAUGGCUGUAGGAGCAGGAAUGUUAUAUUUAGCAACAAAUAACUCCCAAUACUUGACCGACGCAGAAUCUCUUCAUCAACACGGAAAUCAGUGGGGGCAAUCAUAGGAGAACAAGUAUACGGCAUCAAUGGUUUUACUAUACCAAAUCACCAAGAAGGAUGUUUACAAGCAAGACAUUGAAACUACUUUUGGAAAUUGGUUACCAGGGGCAACAGGUCCAAGUGCUGUUCCUUACACACCAAAAGGCCUUGCAUAUCGAACUAAAUGGGGUUCUCUCAGACAUGCAGCAAAUCAAGCUUUUCUUGCACUUAUUGCGGCAGAAGCUGGAAUUAACCCCACAGAAUACCGAAAAUGGGCCAAAAGUCAAAUAGGUUAUAUCUUAGGAGAUACUGGAAGAAGUUAUGUUGUAGGAUACGGUGUUAACCCACCAACACACGAACAUCAUAGAGCAGCCUCAUGUCCAGUAAUUCCAGCUACUUGUUCACAUGAUUUCCUAGAUAUGAUGUAUCCGAAUCCACAUAUAUUGUACGGUGCACUAGUAGGAGGUCCUGGACAAAACGAUGAAUACGAUGACGUUAGGACAGACUACGUUCGCAACGAGGUGGCACUUGAUUAUAAUGCUGGUUUCCAAGGAGCAGUGGCAGGUUAA